AUGUUGUUAGAAGAGACAACAAUGGAGGAGCGUGCUGAGCAGGACUACUGCCAGCGUACGCGAGAGCUGCAGACCGCCCAGGACAGAUUUGACAACCGUCUGGCGGUCCACAACCAGGAAGCCGCGCAGUUUCAUACGCGCCUAAGGCGGGGUCAAACGCUUGACGACAAGAUCCUCGAGUUUGAUAUGCGCCACUACCAACGUGGACAACAAUUGACGAGAGAGUUGAUCGAAGCAGAGGAACGAUUCGCUGUGGCCAAGCAGAAUGCGAUCCGCCUUGGUGUCCGGACCGAGGGCGAUGACAGAACGUCGGGAUUCCUCGAUGAUCAGGAAGACGGCCUUGUAAUCUAUCAGCGACCGCCGAAGGACCGUGUCAACCAGGGGAGGAUCCAUGCAUGGCUGAACGCUUUGCCAGGAAAGUUCGGUACGAGCGCGAUAUCACUGGGGCCAGAAGCAUGGCCUGAAGUUGACGACUGGGACGCAGGGAUGGAAUUAGGAUCCUCAGACAGCGCCAGCGUAGUCGCUGGAGGAUCGAGGCGGCGGCGGAUCCAGAGCUAUCGAGCGGCCAUGGACAGAGUGAAGGAUGCUACCAAUGCUCCUUAG